CUCGUGCCGAGGUCUAAGUGUGCCGCGCAGGACAGCCAACUCUUCAUCCGUCAUGGCCAACAAAGGACGGACAGUUGGCGACAUCUUCAGGAUACUGCAAUGAACAAUCAUUCCAUUGCUCUCCCCAUGUCUUGAAUCAUCCAAGGCCUUAUCCCGGAUCAUGUCGCCUGCAGAGGAAUCCGCUUCCUCCGCCUCCAGGCCUACCGUCAACCCCAUCGUCCGCAAUGCGCUGCGUGUGACGUUGAGCGCAAAGGAGUACAAGCUCCUGCACGAACAGCUGAUCAAGCGAUCUCCGUCUUUGGUGCGAAACCAUCUACCGACACCAUCGAGGUUCGAGGAGAUAGUUUCCUCGAAGGAGAAAUACAACGAGGCUGCCAUCCGAGCUUCGGUGCGGGUAUUCCUCGCAACAGGCACCGGAUUGAAGCUGGUGGAUCUGAUCCUGCAGAAGAUCCGGGGAGAAACCACAAAGAGCAAGUCUCGUGUUGCCUUCAUUCACUCCCCGAAGUUUCGACUGUCUCUGGCACUUUCGCUUGUGCUCUUUCUCCACCGUAUCCUGCAUCGAUUCUUUACUCGAUUACGUGCGAACCUGCGUACCGAAGAUGCUAGGCCAUUCAGAGAACGAAAUCCACGGGUCUCCAAAGCUCUGACUUCGCGAUAUGCGCCUGCUAUCGGGGCUAGUCUUGCGGGGUUUGCUCUGGGCGUUUAUCCGGAGAGCCAGUUGCGAAUAAGCGUCGCGUUGUAUACGGCUACGAAAAGCUUGGAGUUUCUUUAUAAUCUUCUGGAAGAUAAGGGAUAUUUUGCCCACCGUCCGUCGUGGUUUGGCAGCUGGCUCUUGAUGCCAUUGUCUGGGGCGCAGCUUUUCCAUGCCUUUAUAUACGACCGGGAGACCAUACCAAAGUGGUUCGGUGAUGCUAUCCUAAGGUUCUCCCCAGGCUAUAUGCACCAGCCGCCAUCCAGCCUUCUCGCAGAUCAUCAAUGGCCGAGUGAUUAUGAGCUGGUCGACUCAUUGAGCAAAAUCGCGAAAUUAAGAUGGCCACCUUUCAUCUCUCCAAUUCUCCACCCGGGAGACCUAAAUACCUUGCCGUCGGCUGUCGAGUCAAUCUCUCCUAUCACGUCCCCUGCGCAUCCGUUGAUAUCGUCACUAUCAUGCGCCCUUAUGCACCCGAGCACCCCCAGCUGCAGCACGGCAUUCCUUCACCAGGUAUUGCUGUCUGUUCCUCGUCUUGGUCGUCUCUUGACUGCUGUGGUCGUUGCGUUGUCAGCAGCCAAAUACAAGAGUCUGCUGGCACAACCAUUUUCAUCGGCGAAUACACUCUCCAAGCAGAUCGUCACAAUGACAGCAGUGCUCUCCGCAGCUCUUAGUUCUGCAUGGGGAAGUAUCUGUUUGUUGAACUUUUUCUUGCCGCGCUCUUUCCUCCCGACGAAGCGCUUCUUCCUGAGCGGUGCGAUCGGUGGUCUGCCGUUCGCGUUUGUGGCCAAUGGCCGCAGCAACUUCCUUUACAUCUUCCGUGCAGCCUUGUAUUCCGCAUGGAAGUCCGGUGUGAAGCGCGGAUUAUGGCGUGGGUGGAAGGGCGGCGAGCUCUGGCUGAUCGUCCUGGCUUGGGCACUGUUGGGUUCGGUGCUGGAAAGAAAGCCGGCGGCGGUCGACAGCCGUGGCAUCAGGAAGGGCCUAGCAUGGCUGAAGGGUGAUGGUUUUGCUGACCCUGUUGAGGUGGCCGCCAAGCGCAAGGCCAGAAGAGCUUCCCUACAGAAAAGACCUGACACUCGUUCUUGAGCGAUAGUAUAAUACCCUCAUUUGUUUUGAGACAGCUGUGGGCCUCUGUCUAACUUGCUUCUAGCGUUAAAUAUUUCUUGUCCGUGCUUGAUGCAGAUUGAGGCGUGGGCCAUGGGAUUUACCGAUUAACUUAUGUAUUACGUAUUAAACAAGUACCUAGCUACUAGAGAGUAUAUGAUCUCUAAUUUUGCCACAUGCUAUGGAUAAAGAUAAAAAUAACAGAACUCAAAAAGAAGCCU